GAUGAAGCACAAACGUGUUCAACGAAGAGUGGUAAUAAUGAUAGUGAGCACACGACGAAUGAUUAUGGAUUGAAGAUCUCGGUGGAACCAGCAUCGAAACGCAAAACAAGUGAUUAUGUGUUUCAAUCAGCGGAUAGAAUGUUAUUCGCACGACCGUUCGUGUAUAUUCCGUUUAUAAUGGAAUUGAAACGGGUACCGCCCGCAGAUGCAGUGCUACAAAUAAUGGCGUGUUAUUCGAGACAUGAGCAUAGCAUGGUUGCGGUGAAACGAUGUGCACAUCACCUCAGCACUGACGAUACGAUGAUUCGUGAACAUUUCAUUCAAUGUGAACAUCAGUCAGCAGUCUACGUGAACUGUGCAACACCAAACGAUCCAUCUUUUAUCAUGUUGCCAUUGAAUGAACUAUUUUCAUCGUUAUCGCCUCUGUUCAUUCCUUUGAAAUUCACUUGCUUCUCAUCUUGUACCGGUGGCAUUAACAGAAGAGCUGUACAUAUCUCAUUCGUGCUUAAAUCGAAGUUGGUUUAUGAUUAG